GUGAAGGUAUGAGUGAGUGUGUUUGUAGUGGAAGUUUGUAUUGUUAGUUGGAGGGUGACAAGUAACGUCAACACUUCGUUGCUGUUGCUCUGAAACUUUUGAGAACCGCGCACGAAGGAGCGCAAUGAAUUUAACUUAACUUUACUUAAUUUAACGUCACUAAAUUUAGUUGAUAUUUCCCCUCCACACAACUUUGGCACGGCAGCCAUAACUUUUAUACAACAUAUAUAUAUGUAUAUAUAUAUAUAUAAAUACAAUAUCCGAGGUUUAAAAAAGUUUACUCUGAUAUCUACCUUUAUAUAUUACAUAUUUACCAAGGGAAAUAUUACAUAUUAUCAACUAGUGUAGAUAUCUCGUAUAUAAUACAUAUAUACACACACACACGUAAAUCUCUCUCUUUCUCUCAUAUAUAUAUAUUUAUACAUACACGCACUGAGUGAACUAACUUCCGAAAAAAAAAAUAAUAAUAAUUGACUAACAAACAGAAUUUCGGAAUUCAACACAGCGAGAUGGUGAUAAGGAAGUGCCGUUUAUGUUGGCGACCUGUAACUCCAUGUAUCAUCGGCCUUUGCCUUGGAAUUACUUUCAGUCUAAUCUAUGUGCCUUUCAUCAGUGAUCAGCGAUGUUCUGUUAAAACCGACGAAGAAAAACAACUGGAACUGAUCAAACUACGUGAAACGAAGUCUUUACAUGUCCAAGAACGGUUCGCGGGACCCCCACCGCAAGCUGCGGUGCCGGACUCGUCGCAGAAGCGAACUCAGCAAGAUAACAAUGCAGACAACAUCAACAAGAAGAAUGAACCGAGGUUAAAACUGCAAGGCCAAGGCAAUGGCCACGAAUCCAUCCCGGUCGGGCCUCCUGCGUCAGGAAUUAAAUUCCAUAAGAUGGCCAGACCUCGUUACAUAUCCACCGAACUGGGCAUCCGUGAGAAGCUAUUCGUGGCUGUGAUCACUUCACCUGAGAGUUUGGAUACACUGGCAGUGGCCUUUAAUAAAAGUGUUGCUCACCAUGUUACCAAAUUGGUGUUCUUCACCAACAAGAAAAGCAUGAACUACGCAUGGAGCGGCAUGACGGUGAUCGGCUUUUCUCAGGCCAGCUCCGAACACAUCAUACCCUUGCUUAUUCUCAAAUACUUGGGAGAUCACUACUCUAAUACAUUCGAUUAUUACAUGUUCGUCUCGGACAAAACCUACGUUCGUGGUGAGAAAGUGUUCGACUUGGUCAGUGAUAUCAGUGUCAGCGAAGACGUCUACAUGGGAGCUGUCCAAAAAGAUGGGAAAUGUACUUUAGAUGGAGGAGUAAUUAUAUCACAAUCAAUGUUGGCGAUGACCCUGAAAAAGUUAAAAGGAUGCUACAAUGUACAGAAGGAAAUGUCCAUGGAGGUGGUACUGGGACAGUGUAUCUUACAAUCUACAGGCAAAUCUUGUAAAAAAUUUGCUGGGGACCAGACAUACAGCUACCUGCAGGUUGCUGAGCUUGACUAUGACAACAUGCAGAUCCUACACAAUGCCAGGCUAAAGCCAUCCAUAGCUUUUGCACCAAUGCCUGAUGACAUAUCUGCAUACAAGCUGCACAAGUACUUCUGCCAAAUGGACUUAAAUACCACUCUGCAAGAGAUCGAACGAACAAAAGAGGAGAUACUUUAUCUCAGUCAGUUUGCCCCCGGUGGUAAAAGUAGCCUAUCGUGGCCAGUAGGUGUGCCAGAACCAUUCAAGCCAAAGAAUCGUUUUGAUGUCAUACAUUGGCAAUACUUCACAGCUACACACCUGUAUUUUGAUAAUGAUUAUUCAAACGAGAAAGUUCUUUCAGGAGUCAAUAAACUCGAUGUUGAUGAAGUCAUCAAAUUAGCCCAAGAUAAACUGGCCAAGAAGUACAAGAAACGCUACACAUUCUCACGCUUGGUCAAUGGCUACCGUCGAUUCGAUCCAUAUCGGGGAAUGGAGUACAUUGUUGAUUUUGCACUGGUUGACAACGUUGAAAAGAAAACCAUUGAAAAACGUCUUCACAUGGUGCGUCCACUGGGCCACGUGGAAAUCAUCCCCAUGCCCUACGUAACAGAGAACACACAGGUGAAUCUUAUCUUGCCAGUGUCAGACGAGGACAAAAAUGAGUUGGGUAGCUUUCUGGACUCAUACGCACAGAACUGCCUGGAUGCUGGUGACAACACCAACCUGCUAAUUGUAUUCAUUUACAAGAACAACUCACACUUGUUGGAUGAAGAUAAGUUCUACGUACUUAAAUCAAUGAUCACAUACUAUAACAACAAAUACCAUAAAGAGAAAAUCAGAUGGGUGAACUACGAAACCGCCAGCGUGUAUGUCCCUGACUUAAUGUUAAUGGAUUCCGUCUCACAACAUUUCCUACCAGAGUCCCUACUACUUUUGUCAACGGUUGGCAUGGACCUAGCAACAGAGUUUUUCAACCGUGUUCGUAUGAACAGCAUCCUAAAUUGGCAAGUGUUCUUCCCAAUUGGUUUCUGGCAAUACAAACCAAACUUGAUUUACGACAAGCGGCCGUAUCCUACGUCAAUUGACCUCAAGAGAAAUGUUGGUCACUUUGAUGUGUAUUCCUAUGAACACAGCAGCUUCUACAACAAGGAUUACCAGGAUGCUCGCAAAAACAUUCCUGCAAAAGAAGUAAAUAGCCACGAUCUAUUCAGAAUGUUCCUCAAACACAAAAAAGUCCAUGUGUUGCGUGCAAUCGAACCAACACUGAAGCACCGCUACAAAACAAUCAACUGCAUACAGUCAUCGCCAAGAUACAUCUAUGAGCGAUGCAGGAUUCGUCGGCUGGAGGCAUUGGCAAACCGGUCUCAACUGGCUCGACUUAUAUUUGAAUACGAAGAAAAAAUGGAAAAAUUAAAGAUGAAGAAAAAGGUGAUUUUUAAGGCUGAUGAGUCACCAGCAGCCAACAGCAAGAACAAGAAGAAAACACAGAAAUCUUAGACCAAAAUAAACAAGACUGAGGAACAGGCCCGAGAACAACCUCGUUAAUUUAAGGCCUUUACUCUCAUACACAUACAGAUUUGAACAUUGUUACAUACAUACAGCCACCCAUAUACACAUGCAUCUAAGUUGACAUUCACAUACAAUAACAAAAGCAAACACACACACAUUUAACAUUUGUGUAUAUUUUUAUGUCUACGCACACACACACCACAUAUACACACACUACAUACAUACACAUAUAUAUGUUUAUGUCUGGUUAAGAUAUAAGACAUCUAUGAGCACAAUCUAAAACAGAAGAAAAAAGGGAUCAUUGUGUUUUCUUUUAUCAGUUUGUGUAAGUGCUUUUAAAUGUCUUUAUAUAUAUAUGUAUAUAUAUGUAUAUAUAUAUAUAUAUAUGGCAUGUAUAUGUUUGCACACAAACCCUCAAUCUCACUCAAACAAUAUUUAUUCUUCACAAAAACUCAGCAAGAUCUUGACACAAAGAAUUGUGAAGUUCCAAUUGAUCACUGGUGCCAAUCAAAGGUAAUUCGCUGUCUGUUGUAUUUUUAGCAUUAUUUGCAGACAGCUUGCAUGCCAUUGUCUCAUGUCAGAUACUGUUGCACACACAUAGAUCUUGCAUUGCAUUUGGUGAAUUUCAGCUAUUGGUGUGUGUGUGUGUGUGUGCGACUACCCCCUUCUUCUGGUGCUGGAGCAAAACCAACAAAAAAAAAAAGAUAUUUCCCAUAUGGCUCUUGGGAAAUUGCCAAAAGAAGACAUGCCUAAAUCAUGACUUCCUCUUUGUUAUAUGUUUGUUUGAGUUUCCUGCAGAUGUCUCUGAGGCAUCUGCUGUCAAAUGUAACUUCAAUGGAGUGUUGCUAUAACCGAAUUCAAUGUAGAGGUGCAUGAUUGGAACGGAAGAGACACUAAAGAGACUUUGAGAUGUCGGAUGAUAUUGCUUGCAACACAAGUGUGACCAAAAGCUCGUUUCUAAAUUAUAGCACCAAAAUGAAUAGAAUUUCCUAUUACCACAAACCUUGUCUGUCUUUAAAGAAAAAAAAAAGUAAAGAUACACAAAAGAUAAUUGUAGUCCUUGAUACAGCACUAUACCAAUUUUUUUUUUUAAAAAGGCAAAACAAGCACAGAAUUACUACCACACAAUCAUCUUAGUUCUGUUCAACCAGACUGGCUUAAAAAACGUGUCCAUUUUAAAUGUCUAUUUAAGCCAAGUUAUUGUAAAUAAUUUCAAUUUUUGUGGGCUAUGAGAUGGAAAAUGGUUUAAUCUUGGCGUUUGCACAUUUUGGUUUGUCUGCUCUCUGAUCUUGAUUUGGGUUUUUUUAUUUCUGGAUGGUUUUUUGGAACAUUAUCUCUAAACAAUGGAGGCCAAAAUAUAUAUAUAUAAUAAUCAUUUUCUAAUAUCACACAACAGGUUAUGGUUUUGGUCUUCUGAACUGGGCAACGCUGUGUGUUUUUGAGCAAAACACUUCGUUUUAUGUUGCUCCAGUCCACUCAGCUGGCAAAACUCCUGCGAUGAACUGGUAUCCUGUCCAAAGAGGAAAUAUAUAUGCCAUGGAAAAUGAGAAACCAGUCUUGUGAGAGUGUAUGACUUGGGAAGGCACUUUAUCCUUUUUUAUAUCCUUUCUAUCUCCUGCAUUACAGAAGCAUUGCAUGCAUCAAAAACCUAGCUGUAACAUGAAGUCUCAUAACAUGUAGUAUUUUCCCAUCAGAUUAUUAUAUUACACUGAAUUUGAGUAGCUUGGUAAGCAAUGGGAAAAUAGUUCUUAUGCUAUGGGUCUUCACCUUACAACAAUAUUUUUAGAUAUGAAACCCUUCUGCAAUGUGGUGUGUGUUGCCUCUUCAGUGUCUGAAGUCGUCUUGUUUUCUUAGGGAUGGUUUUUAAUGAUCUUUUUGUAAUGUUUAUGUUGUUCAAAUAGUUUGGGAUUGCUUCAGCUUUUUGGAUCAGAUGAUUGCAUCUCAUCUUCAUCACCAUCAUCAUCAUCACCAUCAAGUACUUGUCCUGAUGUUAGUAAAGUUAUACAGUUCAAUUUCAUUGUUGACCAGUUUUGAAGUUUAGUCCAUUGCUAUGACUGUCUUCUUUAACCUUCCCUUUUUGUCAACCUUAAGGUCAUGAUUUUGUUCGCUGUUUGCCAAAAAACAUAAAUUGUAGCGACAAGGAGCCUCUACCUGCUAGAAAUAGCUCCGAAAUUCUCUUCAAAACUACACAUUGUAAUCUCAAGAAAACGACUCGUAAUAUGUCCUAAAAACAAAGCAAUCAUGGCUAGUAUGCUUUCAUUAGAGGCCUUCUGCUGGAUCAGAUGUGACCUGGGGGUAAACAGCAACUGAAGCUAUCAAGGGAGUGUCUCAGCCAGCAGUUCUGAACUGCAGCUCCCAGGGCCGCAUGCAGCCCACGAGCAUCUUUCAGGUGGCCCUCAACAGUCUCCCCUCUACAAAUAUAAUAAAUUUCCCUUUAAUUGAUUUAUGUUACUUUUUUUAUUUUUUUGGUGCAGCCCCCUAAAAAAAAUCCAGGUUUGGAUCUGGCCUGGAUAUUAAAAAAGGGUGAGAAGAGAACCAUCGGUCUAGAUAGUCAUUUGAGCUGCUAGAAAUAGCAACUUAAUCUCCCUCAGAUCAUGCGACCUACUAUCUUAAACACACACACACAAAAUGUUUGUAAAAAAAAAAACAAUGGUGUCGGCUAUAAAUGUAUGUGAUCAUUAUAAGUAUGUCUGCCCAUGGCUAAACAGCGACCACAUAAGCUGUAGAUGUUAUACUACAGUAACUUUUUAAGUAUAUUCCAGAACCCUUCAUAUGUAGACAUAACUCUUUUCUUAAUGUUAGGGAUGUGACAGAAUUGGUCAAGCAUCAGCCCAAAUACCUUGCAGUAUUAGUUGUUCUUGUUUACAUUGUUUUCCAAUUCUUCCCAUGUUACCUGUUUCUUUCGACUUUCCUUGGGUGGGGUUGAUUCAGAACACCUUUCAGAAUAAAGGGAAGCCAUUUUGUGUUGUUAAACAAAAUAGCUAUCAGUUUAUGGAACAACAUCUGUGCACUAAAACACAAACAUUGUUUACAUACAGAUAGCUUUGUGUAUAUAAAACAUCUGUGUAAUAAAACAUUUUCAGUUCUUCUUCUUCUUCUUCUUCUUCUUUAGUGGUGCAGUGAUAAUUCUGAGCUUUUCACUCUUUGGGACAUGUCCCUUUCAAAUUUUUCGAUGCAAAGUUUACAGUUCUUUGCAGGAUUCCUUUUCUUUCAUAGCUCACUGAAAACUGACAAGUAUUUCACUCACAGAAAAAAAGAAAGGUUAGAUUUAAUAUGAUGUAUUAUGUGAGUUUCUGUAUGAUUCACAGAUCAUACCUGAACAUCAAAGAUGGUCUUAAGAAGGCUUGCAAUACCUCUCACCUGUAUUAAAAAAUUUGUUUCUUAAUACUCAUAUCUUUCCUUUUUUCCCUAAAAGCUCGCAUUAAGUUUCUAUUUGAUAUUCUUUGCUCUGAAGAUCAUUUCUGUAUAUAUUCUUAACUUUAAUUUUACUUCUCCUUGUUUCGUGAUAUAGCUAUAAUAGUUUAAUUUAGUUCCACAUCACUUAAAGCUUCAUGGAUGUAUGACACAAAGUGUCUCUGAACAUGUGACUAAUGUGGCUCUGUUAUUAAAUACAUGUAACCCUAACCAAACGUAUUGAAUGCUACUUUCCUUUGUCUGUUCAGACACACACAUACACACACACACGUAUGUAUAUAUAUUCUAAACUGUUUUUUCUGUCUCAUGCUUGACACUCAAAGAAACUAUUCUGUCCUCUCUACCAUAGUCUACUAACCUGGUGCUAUUUCAUUUUCCUGGACAAAUGAUUGUCCAGCCAGAAACACUUCAUUUUCAUUUAACAUUCACAUCUACAGAUGUUAUUACUGGAGAAGAAUACAUACUUUUUUUUCACUUAUUUUGUUUUUUUAUUCUCUAUAUUCUCAACAACAUUUAAUAUCAAAUGUUGUAUAGCUUUCUUCUGUUUUUAACAUAUAUUUAACCCCUUCAAUACCGCCCCUGGCUCUGUAGUAUAAAUGUCUUGUUUUCAUAAGUUUUGAAUUAAAAUCUUCCACCAAACCUUAGUCACAAUUUAUGUUCCUAACACUAGCUUAAUGAUAACUAAGUUAUUUUUACUAAAUUCUUUGUUAUAUUUAAUAUUAAUUGAAAGAAACACAGCGCAUCUCAAAAUAAAUACAGUAACAAAAGGCUUAAAUUUCAACUGCUGAGGCAGUGAUGGUUAUAUAUUACACAACCUUAUAAAAAUUCUGUUGUGGAAACACUUGUCACUAGUGUUUCAGAUCUUUUACCGUGAUAUAUUUACUUUUAAGGUUUUUUUCAAAUGCCAACAGUUUAACUAAUGACAGGUUUUUUUUCAUAAUUCACAUUUCAUUCAUUCCGAGUUUCUAAGUGAAUACACUUUUUUCAUUGAAAUUGAACUCUGUGCAUGCAUGUGUGUGUGUGUGUUGUUGUUGUUUCAGUCAUUAGAUUGCAGCUUUGCUGUGGUGAAAAGUUUUAAUUGAAUGAAUUGACCCCCAGUUCUUUAUUUUUUUUUUUUUUUUUAAAGCCUUGCUACUUAUUUUGUUAGCCUUUCUUGCCAAACCACUAAGUUAUGGGACGUAAACUAACCAACAUCAUUUGUCAAGAGGUUGGGGGGGGGGGACAAGUGCAAAGACAGUCACACCCCAACACGCAUAUAUAUAUACACACAUUUAUAUAAGGGCAUUACUAUACAUCAAUGCCUCACGCUAAGAGGGACUCUAAGGUCAAACUACCAUAAUAAACACAUUUUUACCGAACGUGAGGAAAUGCAACUCUCAAAGCUAGCCCCCUAGCUAGUUUGACCUUAGAGUCCCUCUUAGCGUGAGGCAUUCAUGUAUAGCAAUGCCCUUAUAUAAAUGAAUACAUUUUAGGGAAUAAAUGAUGGAUUUUUCCCUUAUGAGGUUUUUUCACAUUAGCUACUUGAUAAAUUCUUAUAAAGACUUUACCCUAUGCUUGAAUUAUAUAUAUAUAUAUAUAUAUAUAUAUAUAUAUACACACACACACACUUGACAGGUUACCAAAUCCACUCACCGAAGGUGCCACUCAGUGGGAGUGAACCUGCACUCAUGUGAUUUGAGAAGCAAACUUCUUACCAUGCAGUCAUAUAUAUAAAAUUAUAACCAAGGAAGUCCUUCAUUUCAUUGAUGGUAAAUCAAUAAAAUAAAGGAUUUAUUCACUCUAUUCUUCUUGUAUAAAUGUAGAAACUCUAGAUAUUUGUAUAGUUUUGAGUAUGUGUUUGGAUAAAACAAUCUCUGGAUUACUGUCUGAUAGCCUGAACCCAUGGGUGAGCUUAAUAUGGUAAACUCCAGAGUUAACAUCCAAAUGAAAUUGCUAAGUGUGUCUAUAUGUACCUGUUUCAACAUCAUUUCCUGGUGGAACUAUAACAUGAAAUUUCCGUUUGCUAUUCUUUUCCAACCUCCAUUUCCUUGUUUGACAUGUUAAAAAAAAUUUGGGGUGGGGGGUUCCCCCUUCGUUUCACUGUUUGAUAUUUCAGUAUGUGAAAACUAACUUCAGAGGGUGAAAUAUUUGAACCGAACAAUUUUUUUUUUUUAACUGAAAUUGCUAUUCAAACGUGAAUCAAAAUUGAAUAUUAACACACCAUAAACUGUAUUUACUCCUGUAUAAAUCACAUUGUUUUGUACUUGAUUUAAACUGGAAAACCGGGUAUGACCUGUGCACAAGUAAAUGUGGUAUGCAUGCACGUGUGUGGAUAGAUGUUUAAAACCAAUUCUGGUAACUUUAGUUGAAUCAUUAAUACAGUUCAGACUUUUACAUUAUUGUAAUUUUUUUUUUGAUUGAUUUCUGAAAUUUACUGAAUUUCAUUAAUUUCAAAUUCAAAAAAAUAAAACGCAAUGAAAAUAUAUAAAUAUUUUUUUUUUCUUCCCCUAAACAUUUUUGAUGUUUUCCUCUACCAAAAAAAAGAAGAAGCACCCAUAAAGGGUUUUUUUUUUUUUUUUUUGUGGUUUCAUCUAGGAUUCCGUUCUUAUUGGUUGUUUGAUAAAUUUGAGUUCAAUUUCAGAGGAUUUUUCUUUUAUAUUGUUUUGCUAUACAAACAGUUUUCCGUGGAAAGAUGGCUUUCUUUGAGGUUUUAUAUUACUUUUUGUUAGAAUCUAGUUUGAUCCAUUGGUGACUGGAUCAAACCCGUUAUUUGUCUACUCAUUUAGAAUUAGCAGCAGUGUGAUCCAUUUUAUUUAAAGUAUUUUUUUUUUCUCUUCUCUCUCCUCCCAUUUCAUUGACCCCAUGUUCAUUAUAGUCCUUCUCUCUGACAAAAAUGAGAUUGUAACUUUAAUUUUUUUUUUUUUCAAUAAACAGAAAUUAAAUAUCA